GGCGCCACGCGGUAACAUUACAUUUUCUCAUCUCAACAUGGCCGACUAUUAACACAUAUGGUACAGCUGAAUACGCAAUCUUGAACUUUACGCUUCUUUAACCGACCUAUCCUACUAUAACGUUUGUACUCCAUCAAUUAAGACCAAGGGUGGUACAGAAGUCAUUUUUAUCAAUUUGAAUGCUCUUUUCGAAGCGUAAGAAUGGCAUUUUCUGUGCAACAACAACAACCGUCUCGUCUUCGAUGCCUCAAGCUCUUUCUUCUUUUUCUUGUAUCGACGGGUGUAAUUGUGGCAUUAAUGUUUAUCGAGAAUGAAGAAAAUGAAUUGCCUUCCGUGAGAGCUGUUGGGUACUGGUUGGAAUUAUCGAGAAUGAGCAAAAGCAAAGUAAUUAAAAACGAGGGUGUAUUAUACUCCAUCAAAACUUCCGAUAAAAAUGUUACUCUGUCUCACACGAGCGCGACCCUUCCGUCAACUACAGCUGCGACUGAAAUUAUGCCAAGUUCGACCACAGAAGAGACAAAAACGGCUACUACCACGCCAGUCCCUAAGUAUUUUGAGUAUAAAAUGCCGGCGAAGUGGGGCAAAGAUGAUCCGACACGUUGGAAGGAAAUUUACGGGGAUACAAAUUGCCCAGACAACGGGAGACGGAAGCCCCUAACGGCGAUUUUGCAAUACUGGACCGAGAUCACCGCUAAACAUAACAUCACUUAUGCGCUUAUGUGGGGAAGUUUGAUAGGCGCAAUACGCACAAAUGAUGUGAUUCCUUGGGAUCAUGAUAUGGACCUGGUAGUACCCUAUAAAGAUAUACUUGUACUUGAGAAAUUAGGGUGGCCCAGGUCUUCGGACCCAUACAAAAGUGACGGUCGAACUUACAUUAAUGCUAUUCCUAGCUCUGAACAUAACAAAUCUAUGGAUGACCGAUUACGCUGGGACUGCAGUGGAAAGCUGACUCCUAGCCAUGUGGAUCUCUGCUCAAUCCAGGAACCAAUAGUACGUCUUUACAAUAAUGGAGCAUUUCUAGAUGUGUUUCACUACUAUGACCAGGGGGAAACGGUUGUCACGAUUCCAGAGGGACACAAGCUAGAAAUGAAGAGAAAUGACUUCUAUCCAAUCCGAGAGUGCUUAUUUUUGGGUAUUAAGUCAAAAUGUCCUAAUAACCCAGCUUCUCUAUUAUCAAAAUGGUAUGGUUUAAAUUUUAUAAAGUCACCCAAAACCUGCAAAGAUGGUCAUUGGGUCAAUGCAUAGCUAGUCAAUUAUGAAUAUUAAUAAUAUCUCUCCAGUCAUCUCUGAGCAUAUAAUUUUAUGUAUUUUAUAGAAAUUUUGGAAUAAAAGAUGGCCAAAGAAAAAAA